AUGUUCACAUAGUUUAAAUGUCCUGAAGUGUCACUUUCCCCGCGUGCAGUGAAUUACAAUGCAAAACUACGCCAAAGCCGUGAGGGAGUUUGUUGAAAGCCACACGACUGGACUGACUGUCGCUGCUGUCACCGGUCUGGGAUUCUUGGCUGUGCGCAGAUGGAUGGCAGGAGGAGUGUGCCGCAGCAGCGCCAGAUUAGAUGGGAAAACAGUACUCAUUACAGGGGCAAACACGGGCAUUGGGAAAGAAACGGCUGUCGACCUUGCCAGCAGAGGGGCAAGGGUCAUUCUGGCGUGCAGAGACAUGACCAGAGCCAAUAAGGCGGCAGAGGACAUUAGACACAGGAGUGGAAAUGGCAACGUCGUGGUAAAAAAGCUGGAUUUAGCGUCACUGCAGUCAGUGCGAGACCUGGCCAGAGAUGUUCUACAGACUGAAGACAGACUGGAUAUACUGAUCAAUAAUGCAGGAGUCAUGAGCUGCCCAAAAUGGAAAACAGAGGAUGGUUUUGAGAUGCAGUUUGGUGUGAACCACCUGGGACAUUUCUUGCUGACAAAUUGCCUAUUGGAUCUGCUGAAGAAAUCUGCCCCAAGUCGAAUUGUCAAUGUUUCCAGCUUGGCUCACGAAAGAGGCCAAAUUCAUUUUGACGAUAUCAAUCUGGAUAAGGACUACACACCACAGAAGGCUUACAGGCAGAGUAAGCUGGCAAAUGUGCUUUUCACCAGAGAGCUGGCCAAAAGACUACAAGGCACUGGAGUGACCGUAUACAGUCUCCACCCUGGGGUGAUCAGAACGGAGCUGGGCAGACAUUUCUGGCCUCAGCUGCCUUUGUGGAAGAGGGUUGUGUUCAGGCCUCUGGUGCUCCUCAUCAAGUCUCCCUGGGAGGGAGCCCAAACCACCAUACACUGUGCUGUGGAGGAGAGCUUGGCCAAUGAAAGUGGAUAUUACUACAGUGACUGCAAGCCCAAAGCAGUGGCCCCUCAGGGUGCGGACGAUGAAACUGCUAAAAGGCUGUGGGAGCUCAGUGCAUCUAUGGUGGGCCUGGGCUAACUGGGCUAACUGGGUUGACUGGACUGGACUGAACUGGACUAAACUGAGCUGAGCGUCCCUUCUGUCAGUUUGGCCUGACGGGGCUGGACAGUGAAUCUCACUCCAGAGAUUCCUUGCACGUUAUCCAGAAAAGCCUGACCUUGUACGUUAUCCAGUGAAGUUUGCAUCGGGAAAAAAAAAUAAACAGACAGUAGAAAAAUAGUUACAGACAUUUAUUCAAAAUAUACAGGAUACUACAUACAAAAAUACUAUGCUUCAAACUAUGUAAACAAGAGCCUCACCACCAACAGAAUGACUCACAGUUUAGAAAUGUGGUAGCUGUGUUGGUGCUGUGUAAGAUGUUUGUGUUGACUCAAGGAUUGGCAAUGUUUGGAAAGAUCUCCAGUAUU